GGGGGGGGAUCCCAGCUCUGUGUGUAGCUACAUGGAAGGUGGAUCUGAAUCAUGCGAUUUCCGCAUCUAAGAUGCUCCCCGCUCUUUAGAUUGGCUGGAAGCACAUCAAGAAUAGCUACAUUAAAAUCAAAGCCAAGCGAAACCCAUGCGUGAGAGACGGAAUUGUUCUUGCAUCAUCAUUAAACUUUGCAGCCGGAUGAAAUGCAGACAUCCCUGAGAAAUGGAGGACGAGGAUUGUGAAACUUUGGAAACCAGUAAGACUCUAAUCGAUGAUAGGUGGUAACUGCACAGCUUCUGGAAGAACCUGCUAUUCCAACCAACAUGUAACUGUCACUAAUUGUACUUGAUUGGUGGUGCAAGAUGAUGUCUUUACAGUUUGGCCAUUGGUCCUAGUAUAACAAUGGUUUAUUCUCCUCUUUUGACUGCACAUGCAGGGACCUCAAAUAGCACAAUUGUCACUUCUGAACAUGCCUAUUUCAACUCUUCAGCACAUGCUAUAAUUCACAAUGAGGUGGAACUCUCUGUUGCUGAAGGAUCUGCCACUUACAGAACUACAGAAGGUAACUCCAUGGAAAAUAGCACAGCAAUUCCCACUCAGUCAGACUAUGGGGGUAUAGGCCUUCCUCUGCAGGUCCUCCUUUCUGCCAUGAUGGUGGUAAUAGGUUUAAUUUCUUUCCUGGGAAACUUUAUUGUCUGUCUCAUGGUCUAUCAGAAAGCAGCAAUGCGAUCAGCUAUUAAUAUCCUUCUGGCAAGUUUAGCCUUUGCAGACAUGAUGCUUGCUGUAAUGAAUAUGCCCUUUGCCCUAAUCACUGUUAAUACUACACACUGGAUCUUUGGUGAUAUUUUUUGCAGAGUGUCAGCCAUGUUUUUCUGGCUUUUUGUGAUAGAAGGAGUUGUUAUCUUGCUUAUAAUUAGCAUUGAUCGCUUUCUCAUCAUUGUUCAACGUCAAGACAGAUUGAACCCUUACCGUGCUAAGCUGCUCAUUGCCAUCUCAUGGGGUAUGGCAUUUUGUAUGGCCUUUCCCCUUGCCGUUGGUAGUCCACAUCUGCCAGUGCCAUCUCGUGCUCCACAGUGCGUAUUUGGAUAUUCUACAGAUCCUGGUUAUCGGGCUUAUGUCCUGUUAAUAAUAAUUAUGUUCUUCUUCAUCCCAUUCAUGCUGAUGUUGUACUCUUUUAUGGGUAUCCUCAACACGGUCCGACAUAAUGCCAUUCGGAUCCAUAGCAGCUCAGAUAGCAUUUGUUUGGGCCAAGCCAGUAAGCUUGGACUCAUGAGCCUGCAGAGACCCUGCCAGCUAAGCAUUGACAUGAGCUUCAAAACACGUGCCUUCACUACCAUCCUGAUCCUCUUCAUUGUCUUCACCUUCUGCUCAGUGCCAUUCACCACAUACAGCCUUGUUUCUACUUUCAGCAGUAGUUUUUAUCAUAAAGGUAACUUUUUUGAGAUAAGCACGUGGCUCCUUUGGUUAACCUACCUCAAAUCUGCACUCAACCCAUUAAUUUACUAUUGGAGGAUUAAAAAAUUCCGUGAUGCUUGCUUAGAGCUGAUGCCAAAAACCUUUAAGUUCUUGCCUCAGCUACCUGGACGUACCAGAAGGCGAAUUCGUCCAAGUGCCAUUUACGUUUGUGGAGAGCAUCGAUCUGUGGUUUAAGAUAGAAGACCCUGUACAUUGUUUCAAAUAGCAUCUUUACUGCCAUCACAUAACUUGCCAAUUAAU